AUGAGUGAGGUGACAGAAGUUGAGGGGAAAAAGAAUGUCCAAGAUACUGCUAGUGCAGAUGAUAAGAGGGAUGUGUUCAUGCAGAUAAUACAAAUGACUUUUACGUCUCACGAGGCUGCGUAUGAUUUCUACAACAGCUAUGCUAGAGAUAAUGGUUUCAGCAUUAGAAAGAAUAGGGUCAGACAAGGAAAACGUGACAGCAGGUUGCUAACCGAGGAAGGACACAGCCGUAGGCUCCGACCCGAGACACGCUGCCACUGCGAAGCGCACCUGACCGUGAAGCUUGACCAAAAGCGUGGGGUUUGGUAUGUUGAUAGUUUUGAGGACAAGCAUAGCCAUAUCUUGGCAGGACCGGACGAGGUACCUUUUCUUUGGUCCCACAGAAAAAUCAAAGAGUACCAGAGAGCUGAGAUACUGUCCAUGGGAGCUGCAGGGAUUAAAAUUCACGACAUGAUGGAUACCUUCAUCAGCAAACAUGUAUGGUAUGGCGGUGUUGGUUUUACCAGGCGUGAAAUAUACAACCUUUGCGCCAGGGAGAAGAGGAAGCUGCUUUCAAAAGGUGAUGCUGCCACAGUCAUAGUCAUCAUGGUCAGUAGGAAACAGAGGGAUCCUAGCUUCUUUUUCGAGUACAAGCUAGACAAGGAAGGACAUAUGAAUAGGAUGUUCUGGUGUGACUCCCAGUCUUGUCAUGACUAUGAGGACUUCGGCGACGUGCUUGUAUUUGACAGCAUGUACAAGAUGAACUGGUAUGGUAUGCCAUUCAUACCCUUUGUUGGUCUUAACAAUCACCGGAAGACCACUGUUUUUGCUUGUGCCAUAGUUUCGGACGAGACCGAAGAGACAUAUGUGUGGCUGCUGGAGACUUUCUUGAGGUCCAUGUGUCAAAAGAUGCCGAAGAGUGUUAUCACGGACGCCGACGCUGCGAUGAUCAAGGCAAUUCGCCAAGUCUUGCCAGACGUGUGA